GUGAUUGGGAACAAAUGGGACACUUAUCUUGAUUUGCUCCAGGCUGAUUACAGUGAAGGGGAUGCCCUUGAUGCUCUGGGUUUGGUUCGUUAUUGCUGCCGAAGAAUGCUGAUGACCCACGUUGAUCUCAUCGAGAAGCUUUUGAACUACAACACUUUGGAGAAAUCUGAGGGCAGAUCUGGCAAUUGCAGGGCAGCAAAACCUCCAGCAGCAGCUGCAAAUCCUCCUAAAAUGAAGGCUGGUAAAUUGCUACCUCCAAACAAUGAGUCCAAUGGUCCACUAAUCAAAAUGCUUCAAGCAUUUUAA